GCGAGACGAUGAGCGAGCGUGCGCUGGGUUGUGAGUGGCUUCAGUUUUUUAAUCCACGCGGGGGGCUCCACUCCCACUCACAGGCUCUAUACUCUCGACUAGUAAAAUUUGGAUCUAGAGCCUGCCAGUAUUUGAUUCAUCUCAACAAUGGAGAUGGUCCUCGCCGCCGCAGCAAACUGUACCGGUGCCUUAUCGUCCAACCACGCCAAAACGUUCCUCAAAUCGCGUCGAUCCUCGGUCCAAAUGCGGGACUGCAGAUCGGGCCCCGCCGCGCCGCUCGCCGUGUCGUCCGCCGCCGCGCCGGAGGUGCCGCGCCCGGUGCGCCUGGGCAUCAUGGGCUGCGGCUCCAUCGCGCGCAAGGUCGCGCGCUCAAUGCUGCUCGUCCCCGCCGCCGACGUGGCCGCCGUCGCCAGCCGCUCCGAGGGCAAGGCGCGCCUCUUCGCCGCCGACAACGGCCUCCGGAGCGGCACGCGCAUCCACGGCUCCUACGAGGCGCUCCUCGACGACCCGGACGUCGACGCCGUCUACAUGCCGCUCCCCACCAGCCUCCACGUCAAGUGGGGGACCGCCGCCGCCGAGCGGGGCAAGCACCUGCUCCUCGAGAAGCCCACCGCGCCCUGCGCCGCCGACCUCGAGCCCAUCCUCGCCGCCUGCGAGGCCAACGGCGUGCAGUUCAUGGACUCCACCAUGUGGAUGCACCACCCCCGCACUGCCAAGAUGCGUCAGCUCGUCGCCGAUCAGGACACCAUCGGAGACGUCAGAUUUAUAAACACCAUGGUCAGCUUUCUAGCAAACGAAGAUUUCCUCCAGAAUGACAUCAGGGUAAAGCCAGACCUUGAUGGCCUGGGUGUGCUUGGUGAUAUAGGGUGGUACUGCAUCCGUGGAAUCCUGUGGGCUGUUGACUAUGAGCUGCCCAAGAAUGUGGUUGCUCUCCAUCACCCCGUCAAGAACCAAGCCGGUGUGCUCCUUGCUUGCGGUGCGUCGCUCUACUGGGCCGACGGCAAGGUCGCCACCUUCCACUGUUCUUUCCUUACCAACCUGACCAUGGACCUCACCGUCGUCGGCACAAAUGGUACUAUUCAUGUCACCGACUUGGUCAUCCCGUACGAAGAGAAGUCUGCUCCGUUCAGCGUCGACUCCAAGACGAACUUUGCCGAACUCUCUACCGGAUGGGAUCCACAUCCGAGCAAGCAUGUUGUCACCACGGACCUACCCCAGGAGGGGCUCAUGGUGCAGGAGUUCUGUAGGCUGGUGCAGGGCAUCAGAGAUGCCGGUGUCAAGCCUGAGGGGAAGUGGCCGGGCAUCACCCGAAAGACACAGAUUGUCGUGGAUGCAGUCAAGGCUUCUAUUGACAACGGAUUUGAGUCCGUCGAUGUUGCCAGCUAAAUACAACACAUAACUGGUGUUCCCACGUUGUAUCUUCCAGACCAUGAUAAAUCUAUUUACUGAAAUAAUUUGAACGAUUCUUGUCAUAUUGAGGACAAUAUUGCAAUGAUCAAGUAAGAGUUACUACGAA